AUGACAGGAUGUUUGCUUUUCUUACAGGUUCCUUCAGAGGAUGAAUCUCUAAUUCACUUUUUUGUGAAUGAAUGUGACAGAGAUGUCAAUGUUAAAGAUUCUUAUGGAAGUACCCCUCUUCAUUAUGCAGCAUCUAAAAGCAGUGUAACUGCUGUAAAAGAACUGUUGAAGUGUGGUGGGAUUGCUGUUGAUGCAAAAGAUAAAAGUGGAUCCACACCUCUUCAUUGUGCUGCUAUUAAACAUAAUGUAAAAAUUGUAGAGGCGCUACUGAAAGCUGGAUCUGAUCCAAGGGCAGAGGACAUUGAACGGAUGACACCAAUUCACUUUGCCUGCACAAAUAGAAAUGCAGACGUUGUUAAACUUCUAUUAGAGCAUGCAGAUAGAAAGGAAGUUGUGCUUGACAUGUUGAAGGCCAGAAACAAGGAAGGUGAAACGGCACUUCAUUCAGCAGUGAAAAGUGGACACAUUGAUAUUGUUGAAAUGUGUUUGAAAAAAGGAGCAAAGGUUACAGAAAGACGACGUAACCUUGCACAGCCAUUACACAUUGCUGCCAUCUAUGGAUAUGUCGAUAUUGCAAAAUUAUUGGUUGAUCAUGAGGCCAACAUUAAAGCAAGGAAUGUGAACCAUGAAAUGCCAUUACACAAAGCUGCUGCAUUUAAUAAGAUUGCUAUGGUGGAUUUUCUCCUUGAAAAAGGAGCUGAUAUUGAUUGCCUUGACAAGGAUAAGUACACCCCGCUUCUAGUUGCUGCAUCAGGAGGUCAUACAGAUGUCGUGUCAAAACUCUUAAUCAGAGGUGCAGACUUACAAGUAAAGAACGUUCAUGAUAAAACUGCAAUAUUUUUGGCAGCUGAAGGAAAGAGAGUUGACACUCUAAAGGUGAUCCUUGAGAACGAAAAGGCCAAAUAUUUGAUCAAUGAGAGUGAUCGUGAUGAAAACACUCCACUCCAUGUUGCUGCUCAGAAUGGCUAUGCCUCUGUUGUUCAGGUAUUGUUGGAUUAUAAAGCAAAGAUAAAUGCAAGGAAUGAAGAUCAAGACACCCCUUUACAUCUGGCCGCAAAACAUGGAAAAGUAAGGACUGUUCUCGAGCUUGUUAAGAGAGAUAUUACCAUUAUAAAUGAUGAAGAUGAAGCCUCAAACACACCCCUUCACUUGGCGGCUAUAGAAGGUCACAUAGAAUGCUGCAGGGCUCUGUUAGAAAAAGGAGCUGAAGUGGAUGCAAGGAACUCCACAUUAUGGACGCCCCUGGACUGUGCAGCAGCUAAGGGUCACUUAAAAGUAGCAAAAAUCCUGUUGGACUUUGACUCACCUGUCGAUCCUAUUGAUAAGACUAAGACCACACCUUUACAUUUAGCAGCAAAAGAGGGCCAUACCGAUAUGGUGACACUCCUGUUGUCCGAAGGUGCUGACAUUACACUAAGAGACCACAGCGGAAGAAACUGCCUUGACUUAGCAGCAGAUCGCAGCCGCAAGGAAACAGCCAUGGCCAUUGUCAACGAUGAAAAUUGGAUGUCUGUCCUAAAGAACAAAUCAUGGGAACAGAAUCGCGUCACCACCCCAUUGAGAAAACUGAUCGUCAAACUUCCUUCUGUGGCAGAAGCAGUCUUCAACCGUUGUGUCAAAGAAAGUGGCCACCAUGUCGAAGACAAAAAGUAUGAGGUAACAUUUGACUAUGAGUUCUUGGAAGAUAUUUACGUUGACUGGUCAGAUGGAGGCGAUGCAGGUUCGGAGACGUUCAGUGUAGCGAGCUUCUCAAUGGAAGACGUCACAGGGGAUGAAGAGUUUAGGAAGAUUCAAGGGUCAGCUGAAGUGGCUGAGGCUGUCACUCAGUUGGAGAAGAAGGAGAGUCACCCUCUUAUUAUCAUGGUGAACAACAAACGUGAACAGUUGUUAGGCCAUCCUCUUAUCGCGUUUCUGUUGGAUUACAAAUGGAUGAAGUUUGGCAGGUACAUUUAUUACUCCAAACUGGCCUUCUAUUGCUUGUUCCUGUUGUUUUUGACUGGUUACACUGUUUACUCGACUGAGCAUGGCCCAGUUUGUGCCAAUGAAACUGUGGUCAACAAAGGAACCGCGGACGAGAGCUCUGUUCCCUACAUCUUUUGGAUAAGCCUCGGGCGUAUUGUGAUACUGGCGCUUGCAUCGGCACAUAUUCUUUCAGAGUUGUUCCAACUAGUGUAUCAGCGCAGACAGUAUUUCUCUUGGGGGAAUCUUCUGGAGUGCAGUUUGUACGGAUUCGCCAUUGCUUUCGUGGCUGAUGAGUUUGAUGUGGAAGCGGUCAGUAGUUGUUCGACGGCGAAAAAAACCAUCGGAGCCUUAUCAAUCUUUCUAGCUUGGAUGGGUUUGGUGUUAUUCAUCAGAAAGUUUCCAAAACUUGGUAUUUACGUGGUGAUGUUUACAAGCGUUCUCUACACGUUCACGAAAUUCUUCUUGAUUUAUGUGCUGUUCCUCGUCGCCUUUGCGCUUUCGUUUGUCACGCUGUUCAGUGAUCCUAAGCAAAGCGUACGUGCGUUUGGAGAGCCCGGCCGUGCUAUCGUGAAGACAGCAAUGAUGAUGAUUGGAGAGUUCGAAUUCGAUGACUUAUUUAACUCGCCAGAUUCGAACGUUCCUGAUGUCUCGUGGUUCAUUUUUAUUGUCUUUUUGAUUAUCAUGACUCUCAUCUUGAUGAACUUGUUGAUUGGUUUGGCUGUGGACGACAUUAAAGGUGUCAAGGAGCUGGCUGUACUCGAGCGACAAGCCAUGUUGGUUGAUUUAGCAAUGGAUGUAGAGAGAGCUUUGCCCAGAGGACUUCGGAAACAGUUUGUACCAAAAGAGGAAGUCGUUCGACCAAACCAGUGUGAAGGUUUUAAAGGUUACUGGCACAGUCUGCCCAUCUCUGCACGGGGGGUCCAUGUAGCCUUGAAGCCGUUCAGGACUUCCCUUGAAGUGUUGUCUGACCGAACGGAUGAACUUCAAGAAACUGUGAAAACAAUGCAGUGUAAGCAGGAGGAGAUGCACAAGAUGCUGGUGGGUAUCGUGAAGAAACGGGACGCCACCGUCAAAGAAGACGACGACGAUUAAGACGAUCAGCUUUUUUAGUCACGUGACUUAAUGAAAUCGCCGGUCGUUAGAAUAGAAAAUGUGCGGGCUCACCCACGACCCGUGUGCAAUUGCUGAUCAUUAGAAAAGUGACAAUAUUCACUUAAAGUAGUAUUCUUAUAUUACACACAUGGCUUUUGCGCUUAGUGACUAAAUUUAGAGUGAAUUAGGAUUGUAUUUAUCGGAUAAAUGAUUAGUCUUUACAGUGUUGUUGUCACACAAUAACUCGUUCGCGUCUGAAGCUGUUAUAGUAAGUAGUGAUGUUUGUCUUGCUUCAUUCGCCUUGAGAUCCUUAUAAACUUUGUUGGAAGAAAAAAAUUGUUUUUUUUAAUAAAGUUGGUUUACUUUUC